AUGGAUGCUAUCGUUCAAAACCAGCAACAAGUAUCUGAAGAAAUGAGGGUAUGGAACCGCGACCGUGCAGAUGACAUCCGUCAGCAGAAGAUGAUACAGCAAAACUUGAAGGACAACCAGGAGCAUUUAAGCCACCUUCGGGAAGCUCAUGCCCACAAUGAGCGAGUUUGGAUCUACAGCGACCAACAGAUCAAAAUGUUGGAGGAUGGACGACAGGAGGGUGGUAUCCAUAUCAGAACACUGGAGAAUUCCCUCACUGUGGAAGGGACAUGGAUCAAACAGUUGGAGAGUUCGAUCGAAAGCUCAAAGAAACAGUGUGAGGUGCAGAUGAAGGUGAUACACGAGGAGGCAGAGGUGAAGUUGAAGGACGUAGAAGCAAAGUGCAAGGAUGUGGAGGUGAUGCAUGACGCGGGGAAGAGGCAGUGGGAGGUAGAGAAGAAGGCAUGGGAGGUGGAGAGGUCGUCAAUGGCUGAUCGUAUCGAAGAGGUUGAGGAUAUGACCAUUGCAACUGUUGGUUGGGUUUGUGGCAUGGACACUAAACUAAUUGAUUGCAUCCUACUCCGGCAUCUCCUCAACCUUACUCAAGCCAAACUUGCCAAACUUGCACAAUUGACUGUGCCUCCAGGCACCAACCGUGCUACACAAUCUAUUUUGUGGCGACAUGCAUUUGGAACUACCCAUGUAUUUGCAGAAUGCUUGCAAACAGCGCAGCGACUUUUGAACAGAACGGACACCCAGCUCGACAGUGCUACUGUUCAAUUCAUGGCUGAUGCGAAAGGGAUGGAUCUCGCCAUCCAAAAAUUAUCUGCAAUUCGAGAAACGGGUGACCUCGUGGCCCACCUGAAGCCAGAGCCAUUUGUCAAGAAGCAUUCAUACAAAGCAUUUCACGCCAUAAUGUUACUGAGGAGUGUGCAGGUCUUUUAG